AUGGCCAGCCCACUGCGAAUACCGUCUUUCCAACUGCUUCCUCGAAGUUGCCGCCCUCGUCUAGCCGCAUCUUCCGCGUCAAGAUCCUCCUUCAGGGCCGCAGCCCGCAACAUUGCUACGACAGCUUCCAACGCAGGCACGGCGAGCGCGCCAAGACGAUCUAUAUGGACACGACGAAUUCUUUGGGGGUCAGCUUUUGCGGGCUUGGGAUACUAUACAGGACAGCAGUAUUUGAAGUCUUUUACGUCCCCUGCUGCACCAGGCACACCCGAGGACACCCAGCGAAUGGAAGAGUUGAGGAGAAUGGUUGACUAUCUUCCAAUUGUCCAGAAGCUGAGGAAAGAUCCAAAUUAUGUGGAAUGGGAUGCAUACGAAAGCUUUUCAGAUGAAGACAAGGAGAAAAGACUGUCCAGUGGGCCUCUAAAAGGUAGCCGGGGUCUUGCACUUCAGAAAAUAUUCUGGAACGAAGAAGAUCGGGAAUGCGUCAACAUUGUUUAUUUUGGACACGGGCUGGACGGAUGGUUGACCGUUGUCCACGGAGGGCUUUUGGCGACCGUCCUGGAUGAAACACUUGCACGAGCUGCACCUGCACACAGCAUUGUCACGGCAAAUCUUCAAGUCACCUACCGGGCUCCGGUCUCUACAGGCGAAUUUUACACGGUACACACCCGGCUAGAUCCAGACCGCUCCACGGAGCGAAAGGCCUACGUCAACGGCGAAAUUCGCAGUCUGAUGGGGAAGCUGUGUGUUGAAAGCGACGCCCUCUUUGUGGUGCCCAAGAAACUGGCGCUUCGCGAGGUAGGCGAACGUUUCUAG